AUGCAUCGCUGGAGAGUCUUACCUUCUACAAAAUCUCGUCAAGUGAAAGGCCCUUGGACUGAGGAGGAGGAUCGUAAGCUACGUGAACUUGUAAACGAGUACGGCCCCGAGAAGUGGGUUUUUAUUGCUUCUAGGAUUGGGUCGCGCACUGGGAAGCAGUGUCGAGAAAGAUGGCAUAACCAUCUCGAUCCCAUGAUUAAUAAGGCUCCAUUCACGCAUGAAGAAGACAUGCGUAUCCUAGAACUUUAUAGUCAACUUGGGUCAAAGUGGGCCGAAAUGGCCAAGCAAAUGCCAGGUAGACCAGAUAAUGCUAUCAAGAACCAUUUCAACACCACUAUGCAGAGAAAGAAGAGGCGCAUG